GAGAAUAUGUGACUAUGCCCAUGUGGAUGUCAGAUGUCAACUUAGGUGUUUUAACAAGCAAUCUACCUUGUUUUUUGAGACAAAGCCUCCCUGGGACCUGCGACUUGCCAAUUAGGCUAGGCUGGUGGCUAGUGAGCUCAAGGGAUCCACCUGUCUCCACCGCUCUAGUGAUGGAGUUACACGUGUAUGCAUCAUCCUGGACUUUUAUGAGUCCUUGAACUUGAACUCUGAUCCUCACACUUAUGCAGCAAACACUUUACUAUCUCUAUAGCCUCUCAUCUGCUAUGCUUGCAUCUUGGCUUUUCCUGUCUACUUAGUGACAGUCACAGAAAUCCUCUUCCUACUAUGGAAGUCACAAAGCUAUUAUUGUUAAGGAGCAGAUUUGGUCAUGAACAUGUAAACAUAUGGGAGAGAAUAAACCAUUAAAUCCAACAUGCCUAGAAAUCCUGGAGGAUGGCAGGAGACCUGUGGAGCAGCCUCAGACCUGCAGAUAUGUGACUGGCAGCAACUCACCAUCCCAUCAACCCACUAAUUUUUCUGUGAAAAUAGAUGGUUGCUGUGAUUUGGGAUAUCAACCAGUGAAACAAGGUCAUUCUCUCUCUGGUUUGGAGCUUCUUCCUGGUGCCUGGGGCAGAACUUGGCACACAGUAGACAAUCGUUAAGUGUUUAUUAGAAGGGAUGAUGAAGGAAUACCCUUUCCACCGUGUGCUGUGAGGAAUAGAUGGGGAAUUGGGCAGGACCGGAUUUGAUGGCAAGCAGCGGAGUCCAGUUCAAACGGCAUUUACAGUCCCACUGACACGCAGAUGGUGGCAGCAUGAUUUCCAACCUCUCCUUUUGUUGGCUGUCAUCUUGUCGUUGCUAGAGGGCAGCUGUAGCUCCAGACACCACAUCCACAUUCCAGGCAGACGGCAGGGACAAAAAGCAAAAGCAAACAGGAAGCAACAGUAACUCGUCCUGGCUUUCAGGAAAGUGAAGAUUUCCCGAUGCGUAAGAGCACAUUUCUGCUGUGGCUUCCCUCGUGGAGAACUGGUCACGUGAGCAUCCCAGAAGUUAAGGGGCAUGGGAAGUCAGCAUCCCUUCAUCCAGACUCCACAGCUGACAGCCUGAGACAGCUUGAAGGAAGCCGGUGACUGUACAAGUCAAAAGUCCCUCAAGCUUGUAGCCAAGUCAUUGCCAAGGACUCUAUCAAGGACACUGAGAUGGAAACACCAGGCGAGCCGGCAGCCAAUCUCGGGCAGACCCUGGAAUGGCUGAGGAAGGAGCUGGCUGAGAUGCAGAUCCAAGACCAGCAGCUGCUGCUCUCACUGAGGCAUCUGCAGAGCCUCCUGGAGGAGCUUCAAGCCGAAAGCACCCACUGGGAGGAUACAAGGUCCAGCAGAAACACAUCGCCUUUCCGAGCUAGACUGGGCUCAGAGGGCCGGGGCUGCCAGCCUGUGUUGGGGGAAGUGGUCCAGCUUCUCCAAGGGGAAGAGAGCAGGCGAAGCUCCCUUCCUUAACCAGCCAGAGAGGGUACUCAUCAAAACCCUCCCACCUCGAGUGUAAAUUUUGUGUCUGCUGUG